AUCCUGGUAUUUUCCUGGCAUCUCUAUCAAUUGUCCCGCGUUGACAAAGUGUGAUAACUAGCAGUUGUGGAGGCUGGUUCUCUUCUCCUUCUCUUCGAAUUCCUCUACCCUUCUAUUUAAGAAGUAGAUUCUCCGCCGUACUCAUUAACUAAGAAAAGAGAACAUAAUUCUCUCUCUUCACACAUUAACUAAAGUGGGAGAAGAGAUUUUCUUUUUCUCUCAUGUCUAAAAUGUUUUAAGGACGCAAUCCCCUUCCAUUUCCCAAAAUUUUAUUAUUUGGUGAGCUUAAAAAUUGCCAAGACUCACAAUGCGCAAUGUAAAUAUUACGGCGGUACUUUGCAGCUCAUAUGUAGCCCCAGGAGAGACGACCCAAGUAGCUCAAUUACUCUGUGUGGUUUAGCUUUAAUCAACUAAAAGAAGAAACAUGGCAUCUUCUCUUGUGAUGAUAUUGGCAGACCUGGUUGUUAAAGAAUCAGAACUAAUUACAGGAAUAGAGGAGGAGGUGGAAUGGAUAGAAAGGGAACUCAGACUAAUGGAAACUGUUCUGGAAUCUGUUCGGGCCAGGGACGAACAGGACCCUUGUGCUAUAGAGUGGGAAAAGGAGACUGAAGAAGUGGCUCGGAGAGCUGAGGAUCUAAUCGCAACUUACACAAAGAGAUUUCAAAAACAAGGAACAAUAGACUUGAGAAGAAAGUACAAUUUUGUUAAGCGACGCGGACUGGCCAUAGAGCUAAAAGAGCUCAUGACUCAGAUCCAUAGUGUUUCUGAGAAGGGGAAGAAGAUUAUUAUCAGAAAUAGUGCUGAUAAGGAUCAGGAUGGACAAAUCACGGUCGUAACGGAAACGCUGGCUACUGAAAGAGGGUGCAGAUCCAACAACACUGUCGCUUCUGCGAUGGAGCAGCUCAAUACUGUAUUGAGUCAAAAAUGGCUUCUUGAUGCAAGAGAUCUUAAGGUGAUUAAGUCCGUGAGAGAUGAACUAACUCCUUUGCAGGAUCUUCUAGAUGAAGUGGAAGGAUUAGAAGAUCAACAGUUAUACCAAGUUUGGGUGCACCAGAUAGAAGGUGUUUUUCAGUUGGUUUAUGAAACCUUUGCAUCCCGGGGCGUGAAACAGGGCAAUGGUUUUAGAUCUCUUAUUGCGCCAUUAUACAACGUACCUCUAUCUCGGCUAGAUCAGAAAAUUCUGAAGAUCAGGAAGCAAAUCUCUGAAAUAUGCAGAAGAUACCAUACAUAUGAAAUUGGUGAAUUCAGAGGAAGGGAGACAUGGAGGAGGGUGUUUGUCCCCAAACUAAUAAGUCCGGAUAUUUAUACCUCAGUGUCUGCAGUUUCCUCAACCAAAGAUAUAACAGAGUGGCUUAGAGUGGAGAUGGAGCUAAUGAAGUAUUUCAUUGAACAUGCCCAAAUUAGAGAAGAUUCAGACGAGAGACAUAAGGUUUGGUUCCGGCAAAUGGAAGAAAUCUAUCCUGAUCUUGAGGCUAAGGCUGUUUUUGCUCAAGGAAUCAUAGAAGAAAGGGGUAAUUUAUUCAAUCCACUGAGUUGGAUAAGGUUUGAAAAUAGAGUUAAGAAAAUACAAAAACAGAUUUAUUACAUGUCGAACAGGAAAAUAGCAUACGAUAUCAGCAGCAGCAUCAUGCAACAAGCAGCUAGUACUGUUAUCCCGCAACCACCACCCCCGGACAUACUUCCAGGAGAUGAUGAAGAGCACACUUUGAGAGAAUCAAAUCCAAGGCGACCCCAGUGGUGGUCGCUGUUUUGUUUAACAUGGAGAAGCUUAAUUAUUAGUUGCUCUAGAUAUAGUCUUUCUGAAUUAGAGCGCACCUUCUUUAGUGAGUGCUGGUUUUGUUUUAUCCCAUGCAGCACUCCCAUUUUGCUGUAUUUGAUCAUCUGUAGAAGUAUUCUUUCUACCAUUGGCAACACUUCAGACCUACGGCAUUCAGUUGAAAGAGAGUUGCAGCUAAUGGAUGCUUUGCUAAAAGAUAUUCGGACAAUGAUGGAGCUGGAUGCAAGGCUAAAUAUUUGGGCGGAGGAAGUGCAAGCUGUCGUCGAAGAAGCACGUCAUGUUUUAGAGCAGGGAGCUGGUCCAGCCAUUCUCCUCCAUAAAAGAUACCGAUUUGCAAAGAAGCUUUCAUGGAUCAUGAAUCGGAUUGACCAGGUCCAUGAAUGGAAGAUGACAUAUGACAUAACCAUCAAAGGAAGAAAAGGCUCAGGUGCUGUCAUCCAAGAGCGAGAACCAUACCCUUCGGGUUUUCUCUCGAGCAAAAUUCAAUCAAUCAAAAGAGAGAUGAAUCUGAUGCAAGCUUUAAUGGAAGAUGUUAAGAUGAUGGAUAGAGUGGAUGCCAAAGUGCAAGUUUGGGUGGAAGAAAUUAGCGGCAUUGCUUUAGAAGUCAAGAAUUUGAUUGAUUUGUACUGCAAAGAGAAUAAGCUGGUCAUUGCAUUUAUCGAUGCAUUUAAUGUGUCAGAUCUAAAGUGGAUAGCGCAUGUUAAUCGACUGAAGAAAAAGAUUCAGAGGCUCCAUAAUAGAAGGCUCGACUACGGAAUUGAACAUAUAGCUGGAACUCCUCCUUACUUUGUUGAGGAAAUAAAGGCAAGGCUGCUUAUGAACUGUCAAGACCUCUGCAUCUUUCCAAUUUUAGGUGUAAAGGAUAAUGAUAAGGCAAAACUUCAACAACUACUCAAUGACGAUUACACCAUCAUCUGUCAUUUUGAUGUUCGCGUGUAUAUAAGGAUGCCUCAAGAAUUAAAUGUCAUUGCUAUCCUGAAAGAAAUGGCAAAUCAAGUUAUCGAGCAAUUACAGCCAGCGGAACAUAAUAAUGAUCAGGGCAGUAUAGUCGAAGAUCAAGAAGGAAUGUCAUGGUCUGUGCCCAAACUGCAAGAUGCUUUACACAAAGACAAAUGGUCAAGGCAUGAGGUAAUAGCUCAAGCACUUAAAGAACUUUUAUACCCCAUAAGAUACCUCGUUGUCUUCCAUGAUAUUCAGAUCAUUCGUGGAAUCUGGAGUGACCUUCGACAAGCUUUUCCAAACGCUUCCAGUGGCAGCCGUGUUGUACUUUUCACUGCACAUGAAGCAGUUGAGAACACCUCGGAGCUUCUUAGCCUCUAUCACAACUCAGAGCUGAAUGAUACGGCCGAUCCAAGGAACGAGGAGAUAGAUGAAAUUAGCAACUUCCCACUACAAGCACCUAUCAGAGUAAGAGACUCCAGCAGAGAAAGAGCUAUGUCAAAGUGGGAGAAGGUACUAGAACGGCUAAACCGUAAAACACCUCAUUUAGAAGCUGCAGAUGUGAUUUACGGAAAGGUCCCUGGGUAUCUGAGGCAAUGCCUAUAUUGCUUCCUACUAUUUCCAAAAGAUUUUAAAAUCCCUGCCAGGAGACUAAUCGCGCUGUGGGUAGCAGAAGGCAUAGCGAAGCAAAAGAGGGGUGAAGAGGAGUCAGCUGAGGACAUUGCUGAAAGNAGAAAUCAGCUGAGGACAUUGCUGAAACCUAUCUGA